AACUGGGGAACUGGUAUUAUGUCAACGUUGACACGUAAGCCAUACAAUACUAUUUAAUUUGUGUGCUUUCCACUUUUCUUCCAGUUAAUUAUUGUCUUACCUUGUCAAUAUCACACAGAAUGUAUUGUUUGUUUGGGACACCAAACUAAUACUUUUAGUACAAUCCUGUCCCAUCACGUAAUGAUGGAAAAAUUGAGCUCGAAGAAGUUGUUUGAUACCGGGGGUGAUGGAGGUUAUGAUGCAGUUGUCGUUGGAUCUGGUUAUGGAGGUUCUGUUGCAGCUUGUCGGAUGUCAAUGGCCGGUUUUAAGGUGUGUUUGUUGGAGAAAGGGCGUAGGUGGGAAUCUUCCGAUUUCCCGACCGACAGUUUUAAGAUCUUGUCUACUGUCAGGAUGGAAAAUAGGAACUUGGGAGUAGAUUUUGGCCCAAAAGAUGCUCUCUUUCAGGUACAUGUACAAGGUGAUGCUCUUGCAGCAACAGCCUGCGGUUUAGGUGGCGGCUCACUUGUGAAUGCAGGAGUGAUGAUAUCUACCCCUGCACGUGCACGACGGGAUCCCAGAUGGCCGAAGAGUUGGGAAACGGAUUGGGACAGAUACGAGGCUUCUGCUUCCGAGAUGCUCAGGGUACGGAGCAUGCCAGUGAAGUUUCACAUGUCCAAGAUCAUGGAAGGAGUUAUGGGCGAAGAGUAUGGUGAGGAUGUCGACAACCCUAUAAAAUUGAGCAUGAAUCUUGAAAUAGAAGAGGCUUCUGGUUCGAGGAGGCCUCAAGAAAUCGGAAACUGCCUGGCAUGUGGGAACUGUCUUUCUGGCUGCCCUUACAAUGCUAAGAACUCUACAGAUAAAACUUAUGUGGUCUCUGCUGUUCAAGCGGGAUGUACCAUUAGAACACAAUGUGAGGUCCAAUACGUGGUAAGGAACGAAGAUGAUACGCAGAGGAGCAGCCGAAGAAGAUGGCUUGUAUUCAUAAACGAAUUUGACUGUAUAGCAACUGAUGCAGUCAUACUCUCAGCUGGAGUCUUUGGUACAGCAAAAAUACUUUUCCAAUCCCAAUUAAGAGGAUUAGCAGUAUCUGAUAAGCUAGGAUCAAGAUUAAGUUGCAACGGCAAUAAUGUAGCCUAUCUUGCUGGAAGCUCGGCCCCUUUAAACUCGAAAGGACUGCAUAAGACGCAAAUCUCCAACAUACCUUUUCAAGAAAGACCAGGGCCAUCAAUUUCUUCAUCAUACACUUCCUCAUUGGGCUUCACCAUUCAGAGUGCAGUUGUUCCAACAGCCUAUCCGAGCUUCCUCUUUAAAGGAAUAGUGACGUAUGGAUGGGAAACUGGCUACUUGUUCUUGUAUGGAAUGAUAGACAGGCUUAAAUAUGUUCUAGGCUUGAAAUGUGGCCAUGAGAUGGUUCUAAAUGCAAUUGGACAUGAUGACAGCAGUGGGAAACUUACAUUUGAGAAGGACACGAACCGGAUUUUGUUCCAGCCUCCGCACGAUCAUUUGCUGCCACGAAAGAUUGAAGCUUUUAAGAAACUUGCUAGGAAGCUGGGAGGGGUUCUCUUCAUGUCCCGGUACAGGAGCACUUCAGUUCAUCUAUUAGGGGGUUGUGUUGCCUCACUAGACGUGGCGUCUGGCGUCUGUAAUCCUCAAGGCCAAGUUUUUGACACCGCGUCUGCAACUGGGGUCCACUCUGGGCUCUACAUCUGUGAUGCCUCCAUCAUACCUUGCUCUGUUGGAAUCAACCCUUGCCUCACUAUUGCUGCAGCUGCUGAGCAUGUGAGUAGACAUAUUGUCCGAGAUUGUAUCAAGUAUGUCGGAGAUUCUGAUGAGAGACGAGGCUUGAUACAUGAGGCCAAAAUGAAGGCAAGCUGCGUCUCAGAAGUCAUGACUAGAGAGACCAUGAGAGGGCAAGUUGGUGGUAUGCCCUUUGCAGCUUACCUGAAACUGAGAUUCGAAAUGAGUGAUGCUGCUGGAAAAUCUCAUCGCCUUUUACAGGGUAAAGUGGGUGGAUACAUAGAAUGCAGGGCUCUAGAAAUUGACAAACUGUAUGUUAUACAAGGAGAAGUUGAUCUGUGCAAAACAAAUGUUAAAACUCCUUACACACAGUAUAUGCAUUAUCAUCUCCUUCUUGCAGCUUCUUCUGGUUCAAGAUAUGUCCUUGAAGGGAGAAAGAUAAUGAAUCCUUAUCUUCUAGCUCUGUAUACGUGGAGAGAGUCCACGACUUUGAAUGUCACGUUGAGAAAGAUCGCUUCUGACAGCAUGCUGGGACAACAUGACAUGAAUCUCAAAGGAAAGCUGCAUAUCUCCCCAAUAGAGCUUCUGAAAAGCGUGUAUGCACUUGAAGGUGGAAACAGGAUUAAGUUCGUAUGCCUUCUGAUGCAGUCGCUUCUUAGAACCUAUAUCUUGCAACUGCCACGAGGAGUUCUCUCCGAUUUCACCCCAAAAGAGCUUGCUCGGGAGCCUUAUCCAGAAAGCACGAUCCAUGAGAUCAAAACUGAGGACAACUUCACAGUAUCUUGCCAGCACUGGAAAUGCAGCAACAUCACGCGACAGAUUGAACAUGAGAAGAAAUCUUAUCCUGCUCUUCUGAUCAAUGGCUAUGCAACUGAGAGCUAUUGCUUACCAACUGAGAAAAACGACCUCGUUAGAACUUUGCUCAAGGAUGGGCAUGAUGUGUGGCUGCUGCAUGCAAGACUGCACUGGUCCAAUUCUUCCAACCAUUUUUCAGUUGAAGAUAUUGGCAGACUAGACAUUCUAGGAGCAAUCAGAAAAAUCAUUGAGUUCUAUGGCCCCCAUGUAAAAGUACACGUAGUUGCACACUGCGUGGGGGGCCUAGCCGUUCACAUCUCGCUUAUGGGGGGACACGUGUCAGCUAAAAACAUCGCAUCUUUGUCGUGCACCAACUCCUCCAUGUUCUUCAAGCUCACCACUUCUUCAUCUGUCAAAAUGUGGCUUCCCCUUCUUCCAAUAUCAAUGGCGGUUCUCGGUGAGAACACAAUACUGCCCAUGCUUCAAGGAUCAGCCACGAGCUACAGACACCGACUUCUUAAAAGAAUAGCACGCUUGAUGCCUCGUUGUGAGAGAUGCACCUGCCACGAAUGUGAGGUUUUCUCCGGCAUAUUUGGCAACGCGUUCUGGCACGAGAACAUAAGCCAGGAAAUGCAUCAGUGGAUGAACAAGGAGAACUUGCCAAGGCUCCCAAUGGCAGCAUUCCCUCACCUCAGGAAGAUCUGCAACGCGGGUUUCAUAGUGGACAGUAGAGGAAACAACUCGUAUCUCAUCCACCCCGAGAGAAUGGCGCUGCCAACGCUCUACAUUUCAGGGGGACGGACCCUCCUGGCGACGCCUGAGACCUCUUUUCUUGGUAACAAGUACAUGAAGCUGCACCAGCCUGGCUAUAGGCAUGAGAGGGUGGUGGUAGAUGGUUUUGGCCACUCUGAUCUUUUGAUUGGAGAGGAAUCAUGUGAGAAGGUCUUCCCUCACAUUCAAAGGCAUAUCGAGUUGGCUGAAGAGGAGAUGGGUUUGCCCAUAACCAUCUCAAUGGACUACAGUAGCAUGAAAGAUGCCUUAGCAUGGAGUGUUGAUCUACAUGAGGAUGGGGGUGGUGGAUGUGGAUCUUGGAUUUCUCCUUUCAUCAUCAUUCUAUUACUUGUGCUUCUCUUCAGAUUAGUCAUCUUCAUGGUUUCAUUGUUUGUAGCUUAAGUAGUCUAGUUUGCUGGAGUGAUUCAUUGUGAUAGCUCCUUAUUUGUAAAUUUUGUUCAUGAGUGAUGAAAUCAUUCUGAAAGAAAAUGAUGAAUAAACUUAAUAAUAAUUUUUUUCUCAA